UAGGUGGCGAUAUUGCUUCAAAUUUGCUUGCGGUCUGUUGUCAGAUCCAACAAAGGAGUGGACGACAAGGAAGUGUUGGUUUCUUGUCCCUCUCAAAAUAUCAUGGAGUUUGCUGAGCUGAUCAAAACCCCUCGUGCGGAUGGGGUGGUCCUCCACCGACCCUUCAUGCCCACUGUGGAGGGAACUCUGUGUCUGACGGGACAUCACCUCAUUUUGUCCUCUCGCCAGGAUAACACUGAGGAGCUCUGGCUGCUUCAUACCAACAUUGACUCUAUUGAGAAAAGGUUUGUUGGAUCCUUGGGAACUAUUAUUGUAAAGUGUAAAGACCUGCGGGUGAUUCAGCUGGACAUACCUGGCAUGGAGGAGUGUCUUAAUAUUGCCAGCUCAAUUGAGGCUCUGUCCACACUGGACUCUGUGUCCCUGAUGUAUCCCUUCUUCUACCGUCCUCUGUUUGAGGUCAUUGAGGAUGGAUGGCAGUUGUUCAUACCAGAGGAGGCUUUCAAAGAUCUGGAGUCUAUGACAGAUGAAUGGAGACUGAGUGAGGUCAAUAAAGACUUCAGCGUGUGCCCCUCAUACCCGUCCCUACUGACCGUGCCCAAAGACAUCGAUGAUGAAAGUCUCUGCAAAGCUGCUUCCUUCCGCCACGGUGGCCGCUUCCCUAUGCUCAGUUACUACCACAAGAAAAACGGCAUGGUUAUGAUGCGAUCAGCGCAGCCACUAACAGGAACCAAUGGGCGCCGCUGCAAAGAAGACGAGAAACUGAUCAAUGCCACGCUUUGCGCAGGGAAGCGUGGUUACAUCAUCGACACACGGACUAUAGCGGUAGCGCAGCAGGCUAAAGCCCGCGGAGGAGGAUUUGAACAGGAAGCCAACUACCCGCAAUGGAGGAGGAUCCAUAAAGCCAUUGAGAGGUCUAAUGUUCUGCAGGAGAGUCUGAUAAAGCUGGUGGAGGCGUGCAAUGAUCAGUCUCACAGCAUGGACCGCUGGCUCAGUAAACUUGAAGCCUCCAACUGGCAGAGUCAUGUCAAGGAAAUCCUCACCACGGCCUGCCUGGCUGCACAGUGCAUUGACAGGGAAGGGGCGUCAGUUCUGGUUCAUGGCACGGAGGGAACUGAUUCAACACUGCAGGUGACGUCUCUCGCCCAGAUCAUCCUCGAUCCGGCAUGCAGAACCAUCCGUGGCUUUGAGGCGCUGAUCGAGCGAGAGUGGUUACAGGCCGGUCACCCAUUCCAGCAGCGCUGUGCGCAGUCUGCAUUCUCAAACGGGAAGCCUCGAAGUGAAGCGCCCGUGUUCCUGCUCUUCCUGGACUGUGUGUGGCAGAUCCUGCGGCAAUUCCCCUGCUCCUUCCAGUUCAAUGAGAAUUUCCUGAUCAUGCUCUUUGAGCACACCUAUGCCUCACAGUUUGGCACUUUCCUUGGAAACACAGUGGCCGAAAGAGUGAAGUUGCAGCUGUCUCAGAAAACCGUGUCACUGUGGUCAUGGGUGAACCGUCCUCAGGAGCUGGAGCGAUUUCUCAACCCGCUGUACGAGCCCAAUAACCUGGUCAUCUGGCCGUCUGUGGCACCUCAGAGCCUGCUGCUGUGGGAGGGGAUAUUCCUUCGCUGGAAUCGCUCCACAAAGUGUUUGGAUGAGGCCUAUCAGGAGAUGGUCCAUAUUAUAGAGUACAACAAGGAGCUGCAGAACAAAGUGAACAGUCUGCGGAGACAGCUGGCCCAGCUGGAGACAGAGGACAGCCCGCUGCAGACACCGUAGGACACCAACAAAACAAAAUGAGUCCUACACGUAUGUAUCUACACUCCUCCCUCUGACCGUACUCUUUCCUUAUCAUUCCACUGCUAAACUUUAUUCACAUUAACAUAUUUCACUGCUGGUCUCCAAUGGAUUCUACUCUAUGGCUGUAUAUCAUUGUAAUUUUCUCCCUCAAACACUAUGCCGCACUCGUCCUCAUUAUUGCUUGUUCAAUGUAAACACUUUGAACUGAAUAGCUGGUUAUUAUGUCAUUUCCCUUGUAUUGCAAAUUGGGUGCUGUGUUUUACACAUUCUCAAAGAAAAUAUCGGCCUGCUGAUGUGCCAUUUUUUAUUUUUAUUCAGUUGUCACAAAGUGCAAUAGACAAUGCAGCUAUAAAACAGCUGUUUUGGAAGGGAAAUAAUUAGAGACUGACUAUGAGAUGCUGGAAAUAUAAUUUCAAUAUAACACUGGUGGUCUUACAUGAUCCAUAAAUCUGGCCACAUGAAUAAGAGAUUGCCAAAAGUGGCACAAAUGUAAGAUCUUCUGUGCACGGGUAAUAUACAUAUUUGUAUAGAGUACUAAUAUUUUGCAUUUUGUUUAAAAAGACAAAUUUGUGUAUUGUGAAUCAAAAUAAUGUGUCAUAAAUCUCCAUCCACAGCCUUUAGAACCAUUCUUUGUGUGUGCGAAUGUAAAGAUCUUUAUUAGGAUACACAAAGCCGUUUGGGAACAUCUAAAAAUAAAGCCCACUGGGAUCAUUACAAUUUCCGUUGUGGACAAAAGCACUUCAUUCCCUCCAGUUCUCCAUGAAUGACUUGAGCAUGUUGAUUUAGACUGGAAGUGUUUUCUGCAAAAACUCUUGCAACUCAUUUCUCAAUAAAUCAAGAUAUAUUCUCAUUGUGCCAUUGAGGUUUUUGGAACCCUUUGUUUCAUAAAUAUGUGAAUAUUUAAAUCUAUGAUGUAUGACUCCCGUUGCACAUAAAGGUCAUUUUAAUAUCCCAGUGGGUUCUUAUCAUCAAAUAGACUGCUGCAGUUAUGAAUGUGUUUUAGUUUAAGGAAGAUUUUGAUUCUGGAUAUAGACAGUCAGUUGUUAUUGUUAUUGUUUUUUUUAUACAUUUGCACAAGUUAAUCAUUUUUUAUUCAUUGAUUCUGGCACUUCAGUGGCAUCAACUGACAUACAUCAUUAAUAUUUGUCUUAUAAGUGUCUGUAUAGUGUCAUGCCUUGCUUUUCAAAUGCAAUAUUGAUCAAAUGUUAGACUGAAGUUCAUUAUGUUCUGUGGGCAUUAAAAGAUUGUUUAAUGUA